AACCAUUUUAUUGUAUAUAUAUAUAUAUACAUAUAUAUUCUCAUGUUCACUGUUCUUCUCCUCUUCGACUCACACUCGAUACUUAACAGGACGGACAAACACAGACCGAGAGAUGGACCAGACGCCACAAUGUCCAUCCCAACCUAACACCGACGCGACUCCCAACACAGUCAAUGCCGACGGUGGUAGCGCGCCCCUCCCCCCCAGGCAGGACCCUCUAAAGGCUGAAGCUAACAAGUUCGUCGACACUCUCCGGCCCUCGCUCUGCCAGCUUUCACUGCUUUCCAAUUCGAGUCUUCAACGGUCCCACACGGUCGAGUUGAGCAUCCGAGCUAAUUGGCGAGUUCUCGAUUGUCGAUUGAAGUCCGUCUACGGUGUAGUUCAGCCCUUGUCCACUGCGUAGCUGAGCUGAAGUUCGUCUGCCUCCAGCCAUCUGCCUAAUGAUAAUUAUCGGAGAAGAGAGAAGGCAUAAACCCGGAAAAGGGAAAGGCACCGCACCGGAACCGAAUGAUAAAGGAAAGAAAGAAGGAUUCAUGAAAAGGAAAAGAAUUGGGUGGCUCUCCCUCUGUCUCUCACAAAUUUUGCAUCAGAGGGAAAAGGAUGAGAGAACUAACAAGUGAUCCCUACCCUGCCACGUGCCUGCCAAAAGCAGCAACUCUUGUUUCUCUACGCAACGCAGGCUAGCCGAUAAUUAGAAGGUUGAUCUCCCAAGACUUGCACCCCCAAUAUUACUAUAGCAGGAGAGUCAAUAUAGAAGAAGGAAGAAAGACACAAAGAAAGAAAGAAAGAAGAAGAUGGCUCCUGUUGCAUUGCCGCCGGGUUUCCGUUUCCAUCCUACUGAUGAGGAACUUGUCGCUUACUAUCUCAAGCGAAAGAUUAAUGGACGCAAGAUUGAGUUAGAGAUCAUCCCCGAGGUUGACCUCUACAAGUGUGAACCUUGGGACUUACCCGGGAAGUCAUUGCUACCUAGCAAGGAUCUUGAGUGGUACUUCUUUAGUCCUCGUGACCGAAAGUACCCCAACGGCUCGCGCACUAAUCGAGCAACUAAAGCAGGAUACUGGAAGGCCACUGGAAAGGAUCGGAAAGUGAAUUCACAAACUCGAGCUGUGGGCAUGAAGAAGACAUUGGUUUAUUACCGGGGAAGAGCUCCGCAUGGUUCUCGCACAGAUUGGGUUAUGCAUGAAUAUCGCCUUGAUGAGAGGGAGUGCGAAAACAAUUCUGGCUUGCAGGAUGCAUAUGCACUGUGCCGUGUGUUCAAAAAGAGUGCGAUGAAUUUACAAAAAGUUGGAGAUCGAUACAUUACAACCAUGGGAAACCAAAGAGCGUCAUCGUCAUCAUCAGGAGACUUGUAUUCAUCGGCGCUAGGCGGAAGAUCAGUAUGUGAAGAACUACUGGAGAAUACCAGCUAUUCAUUAUAUUCACUGAAUACAAGCUGCUCUCCGCGGAGCAUCAGCAUCAUCGAAUCAUCAUUCGAUGACUAUGCCGGAAUGUGCGAUUCAAAGACAUGGCCAGGGCAGUCCUCAUUAGACCUAGAAGAAGCUCUCGGCAUUAAUGCUGUUCCUCCAUUCUCAGAUCAUGCUGCCGUUGCUGCUCCUGCUCCUAUCAUACACUACCCUCCUUCUCAGGAUGAUGUAGCACUAGAGUGCGCAAGGUUGCAGCACAGGCUAUUAGCUCCGGUGCUUUCGCCAUUGGAGAUGGGCGACUUCCAGCCUGAUCGAGAAUAUCAUCGCAGCAGUGGUAACAACUUCCCAAUACGUGAGAGCGCAUCCAAUGAGUCCUCUCAUGACAUCAUAGAGGAAAUUCUAUCCAUUGCUCAAGCCUCCCAAGAUCUAUUACAGCACCAUCAAUCUUACUCACACCCUAAAUAUCAUGGGGUUGGAGAAAAUUACAAUAAUUAUUCUCCAAUAAUAGAAGACUUCAGCUUCUCAAGACACAUGGGGCACAAUACAAGCAUCGGGGCCAUAGAGAUUGGAGAUGUGGAUAAGGAUGCCACGGGAUACUGCAAAGCAGAGAACUUGAGAUGGGUUGGAAUGACAAACAAAGACCUAGAGAAGUCUUUUGGAGAAGAAAACAAGCAGCUGCUCAUCCCCAUAGAGAGCAUCUCAUCAACCUUCCAGAAAGGGGAAAAGAAGCAGCAAGUGCAAGGAGAAGUGACGCAGAGCAGCAACCAAGACAAGGAACUCGAUGAUUUCCCACUCUCAUUCUUCAGCGAAGAAGACCAUGAUGUCAACUUUACAGGCAGCGCUGGCGGCUGCAAUUCUGGAGGAAGCUCCCCUAAUAGCAUCCAAGUCAUGGAGGAAGUCAAAGUAAGCCACGGAAUGUUUAUUGCGACUCGCCAAGUAGCUGAGACCUUCUUUCAUCAGGUGGUGCCAUCACAAACUGUGAAGGUCCAAAACCUUCACUUAAUGAAGCCAAUGUCGUCCAUGCCCAACACCCCAUCAGCGAGUAAUCAAGCUGGGGUUCAAUGGGAAUCAUCGUUAAUAGCAGCACAGGGAAGAUGCGGCUGCGCUAGUAGACCUCUUCUGAGUCUGUGUGGAAGGAAAUCUAUGACAAUAACGACGUGGAUUGAAUCAGGAAGUUCGAUAUUGUGCAUGCUGGGGAUCAUGUGGAUUAUGUGUAUUAUUCAUCUCGGGGAUGAAAUAGCAUACAAGAUGAUGCUGAUAGACACUCACUUCCUCUCCGGGGAGGAUGUGGCCGCCCCCCAGGCAAUGAACAGACGAAGAAGGGAGGGAUCCGCGAAAUGGAGUAAUAAUAAUUAUAACGAGACGCAGCAUCAGCAUCAGCAUCAUCUGACCGUCGUCUCACCACCUGGACUUUUCAAUCGCAAAGGGAUUCUUGGUGUGCGCUUGAGGAGGAUUGGGUUCCUUCUCACCAUUGCUUUGGCUUUUUCUGCUGUCUGGGUCAACCACAUAUUUCUUUCUUUCUUUCUUUUUUUCAACUAGUUUUUUUUUUCGGUGGACUUAAACUAAUUAUUUCCGUCAAAUAAUUAAUCUUUUUUUUCCCCUUUUACUCUCUCUUAUCAUUUAGAUAUAUAAGGAGCCGGUCAAUUUUAAUUUCCAUUUGUUGUAUAACUAGGGUAGUCGUCGGAUGCAACUAGCUUGUUACACAUGCUAAUACAUGAUACACAUAUGUGAAUUA